CGCAUUUAGCGGGGCUGCAGCGCGGCGCCUCCCGCCCGGCCAUGGCCCCUCCGCUGCCGCUGCUGCUGCCGCUGCUGCUGCCGCUCGGGCUCGCCGCCGCCGCCAAGUCCCCGUACCAGCAGGUCCUGCAGCACAGCCGGCUGCGCGGCCGCCAGCACGGCCCCAAUGUGUGUGCGGUGCAGAAGCUGAUUGGCACGAACAGGAAAUAUUUCACCAACUGCAAGCAAUGGUACCAGAGGAAGAUCUGUGGGAAGUCAACGGUAAUCAGUUACGAGUGCUGUCCUGGAUAUGAAAAAGUUCCUGGAGAAAAAGGCUGCCCAGCUGCGCUGCCGCUCUCAAACAUCUAUGAAACCCUGGGCGUUGUUGGGUCUGCCACCACACAGCUCUACUCUGACCGCUCUAACUUAAGGCCAGAAAUCGAAGGACCUGGAAGUUUUACAAUUUUUGCCCCAAGUAAUGAGGCCUGGGCGUCCUUGUCUGCCGAAACUCUGGAUUCCUUAGUCAGUAACGUUAACAUCGAGCUGCUCAACGCUCUCCGCUACCACAUGGUGGACAAACGGGUCCUCACGGAUGAUCUCAAACAUGGGACCACACUUAACUCAAUGUAUCAGGACCUGCCUAUCCAGAUUCACCACUAUCCCAAUGGGAUUGUGACUGUGAACUGUGCCAGGCUGUUGAAAGCUGACCACCAUGCCACCAACGGAGUGGUUCACGUCAUCGACAAAGUCAUCGCCACCACUACAAACAGCAUUCAGCAGAUCAUAGAGACUGAGGAAAGCCUGGAAACUCUUCGAGCUGCUGUGGCUGCUUCUGACCUCAACACCUUGCUGGAAAGCGAAGGCCAGUACACGCUCUUGGCUCCAACCAAUGAAGCUUUUGAGAAGAUUCCACGAGAAACAUUGAACAGGAUCCUGGGGGACCCAGAAGCCCUGAGGGACUUGCUGAACCAUCACAUCCUGAAGUCAGCCAUGUGUGCUGAGGCCAUCAUCGCUGGCCUGACAAUGGAGACGUUGGAAGGAACCACCUUGGACGUCGGCUGCAGUGGGGAAGAGCUGACCCUCAACGGGAGGCCCAUCAUUGCCAACAAGGAUGUCCUGGCUACCAACGGAGUUGUACAUUUUGUUAAUGAGCUGCUGAUCCCAGACUCAGCUAAGACGUUGUUUGAGUUGGCACAAGAAUCUGAAGUUUCCAAGUCUAUGGACCUUUUCAGACAAGCUGGUCUCAGCUCCCAUCUAACCGGCAGUGAGCAAGUGACCCUCCUUGCCCCAGUAAACGAUGUAUUCAAAGAUGGACUCCCUGUUGUUGACAGCAACAUGAAAAAUUUGCUUCUGAACCACAUUAUUAAAGACCAGCUCUCCUCUAAAUAUCUUUAUCAUGGGCAGAAACUACAGACUCUGGGUGACAAGGAACUAAGAGUUUUUGUGUACCGCAAUAAUCUUUGCAUUGAAAAUGCCUGCAUUGCUGCCCAUGACAAGAGAGGAAGGUUUGGAACCCUGCUUAGCAUGGACAAAAUGUUGACUCCACCAUCUGGUUCAGUGAUGGAUGUUCUCAAGGCAGACCAUCGCUUCAGUACGUUGGUGGCUGCAAUCCAGUCUGCAGGUCUAACGGAGAACUUGAACAGGCCAGGUACCUUCACGGUGUUCGCUCCAACAAAUGAAGCUUUCCGAGCUAUGCCCCAAGGAGAACUGAACAAACUGAUGGGUAAUGCCAAGGAGCUUGCCAACAUCCUCAAGUUCCACAUGGCUGAUGAGAUCCUGGUGAGCGGUGCAGUCAAUGCCCUUGUGAGGCUCAAGUCCAUGCAGGGGGAUAAACUGGAAGUGAGCAUGAAAAACCACGUAAUACAUGUCAACAAGGAGCCUGUUACUGAAAGCGAUAUCAUGGCCACAAAUGGUGUGAUUUAUGCUGUGAACUCUGUCUUACAGCCUCAGGCUUCAAGGCCACAAGAAAGAGGCGAUGAGCCUGCAGACCCCGCAUUAGAAAUCUUCAAACAGGCAUCUGCGUUAUCCAAGGUUUCUCAGAGAAAUCCUCGACUAGCACCUGUCUACUCCCGAUUACUAGCAAGGAUGAAGGAGAACUCAGGUGGAAUCUGACCUGUGUCGUGACCAACCGCUAUCAGUGCCUCCAUCCCAUCUGCUCCAGCUGACAGAUAAAGGACAGAAUUGUUUUUAAAAACCAAAUAUCACCCUUAAAUUUAUUUUUGCUUCCAAUGAAAUGGAUAGGAAAAAUGAAAAGCCAUAUAUAUAUGUAUAUAUUUUAAGACCAUUUUUAUUUGGUUUUGACCUUAAAGUUCCCACACUGAGGAUAGGUUUUUGUUUUGUUUUCUUGUUUUUACAAAGUAGUCACUAAUUUGCAGUUUUUAACAUACCCAGUUUUGGGCUUGAUACGUACAUACAAGGGCAGGUGCUGAAUUUUGCCCUGGUUCAGGAGCUCAGAGAGGUGCUUAGAGCUCAUCUUGGU